AUGCGUGUCCUCAUAUUGAAUCCGAAUUCGUCUCAGGACAUGACGCGGGGAAUGCUUGCUGCGACAGACGCACUCAAGCUGGGAGAUUCCAUAAAGAUCAGCACUUACACAGCUCCAAGCACCUCUCCAGCAAGCAUCAACGACGACACGGACAUCAAAGCCAGCGAAGAGGCCGUCUGUCAGGACAUCGCCAACAAAUCUCUCUCACUGGACCAAUACGACGCCGUCCUCGUCGCCUGCUUCAGCGUCCACACCUUGGUCCCCCGCCUCCCCGCCCUCACCUCCGCAUCCGUCACCGGCAUCUUUGAGGCGAGCAUCCUCACCGCGCAGCUCCUCCUCCAGCCCUACACCGACCAGAAAUGGGGCAUCGUCACCACGGGUAAGUUCUGGGAGGACCACCUCGCCGCCGGCGUGAGGUCCUUCUUCGGCCAGGCGCCGCGGGAGGACGCGGGCCAGGGCAGCAGCAACUUCGCGGGCGUGUUUUCCACCGGCCUCACCGCCGGCGACUUCCACCGCGUGCCGCAGGAAGAGGUCGACGCCAAGCUCAGGGAGGCCACGGGCAAGCUGCUCAGGUCCGGCGACGUGCGCUGCGUGGUCAUGGGCUGCGGGGGGAUGGCCGGCCUGGAGCGCGUGAUCCGCUCGACGGCCGCGGAGCUCAUUGGGGAGGACUUCGCGAGGGGCCUCUACGUGGUGGACGGUGUCAGGGCGGGCGUCCUACAACUGGAGCAGCUGGUUCGCAGCAAGCAGGUAUUUGUGUAA